AUGUAUAAAUUCAUAGCUAAAUUCCAUUUUUGUGAUAUUAGAAACAAACUAUUUAACUUAAGUCUUAUACAUGCCAUAAAUCAUGGCUUUAAUAAUAAGGCAUUAUAAUAAGCAUGUCUAGAUCUUAAUAUUUCAAGUGCUGCAUCCACUGUCAUUUAACCAAUAGAUUUAAUACAUUAUUCAAUGAGAAAAUGGAAUCGUGAAAUUAUAGACACUAUGACUUUUGAUGAAAAUUUUAAGCAAUUUACUGUUCCUAAUAAAAUCAAGAAUUUAAUAAAGCAAAGAUUACAAUUAUAAGGUCCAUAUAUGGGAAGAUGGAAUGAAGCUAUGGCUUUAGGAGCAUAAAAUGCUAAUUAAACAAGUGCUAUUUUAUGGUAAUUUGCUGAUGAUUCUUGGUAUUUGGCUGGUGAUAAAUCAUAAGAUUAUAAUCAUUAUACAAAGAGAAUGAUGUUUUUAUAUAUCUACAUUUCAACAGAACUAUUUAUGUUAACUGAUAAAUCACCAAACUUUUUUAUGACUUGGGAUUUUUUGGAGAGGUGAGAAAAUUCAUUUAAUUGUAGACGAAUGUCAGAAAUAAAAGAUUUUGGUAGUUAAAUUGAGUUGAUAUCCACAACUAUGAAAACAUUAUGGAAUUCUGGUUAUUAUAUGACAACAAUGUUUUAUAAUUUUCCAAAGGGAACUUUGAAAUGA